UGCCAGCUCUCAGUGCUCAUCCAUGCCACCUGCCAGUGCCACAUCAGUGCCACAUUUCAGUGCCCAUCAGUGCCACAUCAAUGCCACAUAUCAGUGCCCACCUGAGCUGCCUUUAAGUGUCACCCAUCAGUGCCAGUCAGUGCCACCUAUCAAUGCCAGUCAGUGCCACCUAUCAGUGCUGCCAAUCAGUGCCACCUAUUAGUGCCAGUCAGUGCCGCCUAUCAGUGUGCAUCAGUGCCGCCUAUCAGUGCCCGUCAUCAGUGCCACCUAUCAGUGCCAGUCAGUGCCGCCUAUCAGUGCCACCUAUCAGUGCCAU